UCCGGAGAGAAGAAUUUUGCUCUAGAGUGAUGUUCAGUUGAGAACAAUUCCUUUUGAGAAAAGCGAAUUUUCGCAUUUGUUGCUACUACAAAACUUCUUUUAACUCUCUUUCGGGCUGAAUUCAUCUUUCAUAUUCUAGGAAAAUGUACGGAUUUGUAAACCACGCCCUUGAGCUUCUUAUUGUUCGAAACUACGGUGAAGAAACAUGGGACCAAAUAAAAAAAGAAGCCGAAAUCGUGAUGGAAGGUCAGUUUCUAGUUCGCAUUAUUUACGAUGAUGAAAUUACAUAUCAAAUUGUCCAUGCUGCCGAAAAGUGCCUUGGUAUAAACGCUGCUGAAAUUCUCGAGCUCUUCGGUCGCAUGUUCUUUGACUUCUGUCAAGAAUCUGGUUACGAUAAAAUUUUGCAAGUUCUUGGAUCUUCACCAAGAGAUUUCUUGCAAAAUUUAGACGCCUUGCACGACCAUCUGGCAACAAUUUAUCCUGGAAUGCGAGCACCCUCCUUCCGAUGCACUGAAAGACCAGAAGAUGGAACUCUUAUUCUUCAUUAUUAUUCAGAAAGAGAAGGAUUGGAACCUAUUGUUAUCGGCUUGGUGAAGGCAGUGGCUUCUAAACUCCACAAGACUGAGGUUGAAGUAGAAGUUGUCCAGCGAAAAAGCAGCACGUGUGAUCACGUACAAUUUGCAAUCAGGGAUCGCAAUGCUUCAAAAAAUCAAACAGAUCAAGAAACGGAGGAGUUCGAGACAUUGUCCAUGGAGAACAAAAUUAGUCCAGCCACUUUCUGCAGAGCUUUCCCUUUUCACAUCAUGUUUGAUCGCAACCAUUUUGUUCGUCAAGCUGGGACUUCGGUUGCAAGAGUUUUACCAUCUCUUACUCAACCAACCUGCCGAGUUACUGAAUUGUUUACAAUGGUUCGUCCACAUGUAAAUUUCACAUUUAAUAACAUUUUGGCCCACAUUAAUACAGUUUUUGUCCUGAAAACACUGGAUAAGGAAAAUUCGGAAAAAAGCAUGAGACUCAAGGGACAAAUGUUAUACGUUCCGGAAACCGAUUUGAUGUUAUUCCUGUGUUCGCCAAGCGUCCUCAAUUUGGAUGACCUUAACAGGCGAGGCCUGUAUUUGAGUGACAUUCCCUUGCAUGAUGCUACAAGAGAUCUUGUUUUGCUGUCGGAACAGUUUGAAGCGGAAUACAAAUUAACAAGAAAUCUUGAGAUACUUACAGAUAAAUUGCAGCAAACUUACCGUGAACUUGAGGAUGAAAAAAAGAAAACUGACAAACUGCUUUAUUCAGUGUUGCCUCCGUCUGUGGCGAACGAAUUACGCCACCAAAGGCCAGUACCAGCAAAAAAGUAUGAAUCUGUGACAAUCCUUUUCAGCGGCAUAGUUGGAUUCAGCCAGUACUGCGCUAAGAAUUCCGACUCUAAAGGAGCCAAAAAAAUUGUGCAACUUCUUAAUAAUAUUUAUACAACUUUCGAUGUCUUGACGGAUCCAAAGAAAAACCCCAACAUUUAUAAGGUGGAAACCGUUGGAGAUAAGUAUAUGGCAGUUAGCGGUUUACCAGAGCCUUGCGAAAGCCACGCAAAAUGCAUCGCUCGUCUAGCAUUAGAUAUAAUGGAUUUGUCGAAGGAAGUCUUAACAGAAGACGGAGAGCAUGUGCAAAUAACUAUUGGAAUCCAUAGCGGAGAAGUUGUAACUGGUGUCAUUGGGAAACGUAUGCCUCGUUAUUGUCUUUUUGGCAAUACCGUGAACCUUACAAGCCGCACUGAGACUACAGGUGAACCUGGAAGAAUCAAUGUGUCUGAAGAUGCCCACAGAUGUUUAAUGGAGCCGCAAAAUUUCGAUCCGCAGUUUCAUUUUGAUUAUAGAGGUCCUGUGCAGAUGAAAGGAAAAAAGGAGCCAAUGAAAGUUUGGUUUUUGUCUAGAAAUGAGAAGGCUUAAUAAAUUUCUGUAAGAAUAUACCGGUAUUAUAUUUUGCAACAUUGUAUAUGUCAAAAAGAAAAAUAUUUUAAACCGGUGCGCUGUUAUUUCAUAAGUAUACCUUUACUUGAAAUAUUUAUACACUUUUAAAACAAUCUCUUGAAAAUUAUAGCUGCAGUUAAACAUUUAUAUAAAAUUGCAUUUUCGGGAAGCAAUUAUUUUUAAACUUUUUUUGAAAGUGAGAAAAGAAACUGCAUUUUACUAACCAAGAAGAACAAUUUCAAUAACGAUUCAUUUAGAAAUACCAUGUAUGAUGCUCUGUUUAUAGAACUGAAGGGUAGCACUGUGCGGUUAACUUAUUUUAUAUGCAGUCUGAGCGCACUAAAUAUGAUCUGCCACUGAUAAACUUUUCCCUUUUCAAUAAGUUUAAAGAACGAAUAAAUCUACAUUUGCUACUAGAAUAACUGCAUGUAAUGUUUACUUAGAAAGCGCGUUUCUUUUAAAGAUAUUAUUUCCAAGAAAAACUUGUAAAUUUUUGUUUGUUUAUUUCAGUGCUUUAAUUAAAAAUUUUGUUGCAUAUAAUGUGUCUUUUCUUAAUAAUUUCAGACACUGACUCAUUAGUUUUAAAAGCAACAAAAUAUUAUCAUAAAUAGAUUAAUUUAAAAUACGUCUGAAAUACAAUGCUUAAAAUGUUACUUAAUAUUUUAGUUAAUAAAUUCUAGAACAGCACUUUACAGCAUUGUGAUUUUUAUGCAUUAAAAAAGGUCUGGAAGAAAAAGAGAAAGACAGUCCUGAAGUAAAAGUACAUUUAUCUAUUUAUGUACGUAUUUAUAAUUAGAUGGGCAAACACUGAUAUAGAUUUAAAAUUGUUUUUCAUAAUGGUUUCUAAUAAUGGUUUUUAAUAAUGUUUGGUAAUAACUGUGUGUGAUCUGUGACCUGUGAUUUAAGACAAAUCUUUAUGUAUUGUAACAGAACUACUAUUUCUUCUUGUUGACUUUGCGAACAUGCUGGAUUCCUGAGUAGAACAGGGAGUUUACUUAAAACUAUGUUCGUUGCAGUUGUAGAAGAUACGACACAAAUGGGAAAAGUUUAAUUAACCUUUAAUCUUCAUACAGUUUACAGACGUUCCCACGCUUAAAGACCAAUGGAAGUUGGUAAGUUUAUGUCCUGGAACGUAAAAAUAAGAACUAAGACUAAUUCAAUGUAAAUAAGAGCUAAACUCAAAUACUUUAUAAAGAUUAGUAACGCGAAGAUCGGCCUUUUAAUCUUUACGUAUUUAGUACGCAGAAUGCGGGAAAACUACAAUACGUCUUCAGUAUCAAGAGGACUAAAUUCUGGCCUUAAAGGCGGACAGCAACUGACUGAAAAUGUGAGAAGUCUCUCUCUCUCUCUCUCUAACUCCUUCUUGGCUAAA